AUGAAAGAAUCAGAAGAAUUGCAGCGGAUAUCUUUCUUUAUAACCAAUAAUGAGGCUACAGUAGAGCAGAUUGGCAAAGCAGGUAUCUGGUUAUACGUUAUCCUAUAUGGUGGCAGAGCAAAUGAUUCUUUGAACAGUCUACGGUACUCUCAAUACAUGGAGAUGGUACUUACAAGAAAAGCAUCAAUUGAUCCACAGAAGCUUGCACCUACAGACAGAGCAGAAUUUUUUCACAGUUUGGGGGUUCACUUGCAAGUUAUAACUUGGUUGAAGCUCACAAAUGAUCACCUGAAUCCAACACAAUGGGGUUGGAAACUUGCUGAUACAAUACUAACACCAGUUCUCACGGACUUGGAUGCACACCAGAAUGGUUAUUAA